AUGGAUGUAAGAGUUUUUUUGUUCGUCAAAAAGGACGAAUACACCAACGAGAGGAAGCGGGAAGUAGCAGCAGCGCCACACAGCUCCAGUUUUAGGAAGUUCAGCACCAACUGUCACACCGGAGUGAAUAGUCAUGCUAGCGGAGGGAGCAACAGCAGCGACGGAACAGCGAGACCCUCCUGCCCGGAAACGUGAGUGAAGACGUCGACGUCGUGAGUAACCGUACAUUACAGCAGCUUUACGGUAACAUUACAGCUGCGAGGAACAGCAGCAGGGAAUGAUUCAGGACGGUUUAAGCUGUAAACUACAUUUAAACAGUGUUUAAAUAUAUGACCGUGUAUUUCUUAUUCAGACAGAAACUUUUUGAAACACUUUGGAAAAAGUGCAAAACACCUCAGCUCCACGCCUCACUUUAGCGUCCUGAACCAUCAGAAUCAUGGCUGUGGGAUAAAACUUGUCACGUCAUGCAUGAAUUUAUGGACUAAAUUCAAAGCUUGCAUGCAGUUCCAGUCUCUGUCCUCUUGAUGUCAGUGUUGUUCAUUUAUUUUGAACAUGGUGUCAAGUGCAGCAAUGCAUCCUUGAAUGCAAAACUUUUGCACAUUGAUUGAAGCACAACAAAGCAAUUAUGAUGAAGUACAAACUGACUGAAGGGCUUUUGUAUUUUCGUCACUUAUUUAUUACAAUACUGAUGAUGAAAGUCCAAAUUCUUAAUGCAGAUAUAAUGUGUAACGAUCAUGUGACCAAUUAGUCAAGAUGGCAUCCUCGUAUCACCGCCUACUGCUCAAAUCAGUGACCUUAUUUUGUGUCUUGAAUUAAUCUAUUUCAGUUUGGCAGCAGAUACAUCCAGAAGGUUCUGAUUCAUGUCAACACAACACCCAAAAUAAAUAGUACCAUCCCGUAUAUUCGUGAUCUAUAUCAGGUUACACUUUUAAACAAACUUCCCCUCUUUCCCUGCCAGCUGCAGGUCACAGAGUCUACAGUGGUCCUCUUUCUGUCUCUAAAUAUAAAUCAGACUCCUCUCUCUACAUUCCACAGGAGUAAAUAAUUCUUGGACAGCCAUCUUUCUUUCUGUCUUUUCUUUUUUUUUUUUGGUUUCAUGAUUUCUCGCUGCUUGAUGUCUGCAGCCAAAAUCCUCCUCCAGCUGAGGCUGUGCGGAGCGGCGCUGCCAGCAACAUCAGCAGCUGCCGGGGUGAGAUAGCUGCCAGUGUGUGUCUAUGUACUUGUACAGUUGUCUUCGUUAGGACCUAUAAAAUUUUUGGACCACAUUUUUUUUGUGGUGGAGCUAUUUUAAGGCUCACAUUUGACUUGAAACUCACAAAAUAACAAAGUUUAUCAGUUUGAACAUUAAAAAUCAUCUUAUUUAAUUGAUUAUAGGUGGAAAAGAGUUUGCAAAUUAUUGGUUUUUUUAAUUUGUGAUUUACACAACGUCCCAACUUCACUGUAAAUUUGGUUUGUAAAUGAUAUGAUACAAUACAAUAAGAUACAGUACAAUAUGAUAUGAUAUGAAACAAUACGGUAUUAUACUGUAGAUUUGAUACAAUAUGAUAGAUAAUGAUAUGAUACAUACAAUAAGAUAACUUGUAUCAUAAGAUACAGUAUGAAAUGAUAGAUACAAUAUGAUAUGAUACAAUGCAAAAAAACAACUUAUAAUACAAUAUGAUACAAUAUAAGUUACAAUAUGAUAUGACACAAUAUUUCACAGUAUGAUACAAUAUGAAACAAUAUGUUAUUACACUGUAUGAGUUGAUACAAUAUGAUAGAAUACGAUAUGUUUCAAUGUAAUAUGAUCAUUUUGAAUAUCGUAAGAUACAGUAUGAAAUGAUACUUUACAAUAUGAUGUGAUACUGUAUGACCAAAUAUUACAAUGUAUGAUAGAAUACAAUAUAAUAAAAUGUAAUAUGAUAGUUUUUAAUAUCAUAAGAUACAAAAUGAUACAGUGUUAUAUGAUUUGAUACAUUAUGAUAGAAUAUGAUAUAAUACAGUGUAAUAUAAUAACUUAUAAUAUCAUUAGAUACGGUAUGAUACAAUAUGACAAUAUGAUAAGUUACGAUAAGAGAUGACACAAUAUUACACAAUAUGAUUCGAUACAAUACCAUACCGUAUCAUAGGUUACGAUAGGAUAUGAUACUUUUUGAUACAAUACAAUAAGAUUCAUUUAGUUAUGAUAAUAUGCAACACAGUACGAUACAUUAUAAUACAGGAAGUUACAAUACGUCACAACAAGUUACAAUACAAGGCCUGCAAUGAUGAUAAGUGACCGGUUACGAAACAUUCAUUUAUGGUAGCUCAUAAUUAGAUUUCCCUGUAAGGUGAAGUGGAGAGUUAAUGUCAUUACCACUAUGAGGAUUCAUAAAGCAGUGAGUCAAAGUGGACGGGAAAUCUGUGAGAAAGAUAGAUAUGCUGAUUGUACAGCACGAGUUUGGAUGAUGGCAUAUUCCUGUGUAUCUAUAUCUAUGAAAUGUUUCCACUAAUCUAGAUGCUGAAUCUAACCCGUGCCUGUUUCUCCGUUAUGAUAUAUUUAAGUGCCUUUUUGUUUUGAUUGGAAGUUGUGAUUUGUGUGGACUCUUGGUUUUUGUCCCACUAAUCCCUUCAUGAAGGAAACGCCCUUGACUUUGGUCUUUGGAGAUUUAAGGAUUAACCUCUGACAGCGGGAAGUGCUUAUUCUACCUGGACUAGAUCUAUGUAUCCAUAAAGCGAUUGUUCUGCGUAUCCGAUCAAUGCAACCUGCUAUCAGAGGCUGAAUUCAGGAAAUGCCCUCUUCUUCGAAUCUAUGGACUCAUUCGGAGUCACCUCUGACGCCAGGAAGCGCCCACUCUCCUUCAUCUGUCGCUGUUCAUUUUAACCCUCGGCACCAGGAAGCGUCCUUUCUACUUUUCCCAAAUCUAUGGAGUCGGAGCUGGUUAUGACCUCAGACAGGAAGAUCCCUCUCCGUUGGAUGGAUGGAGCUUUUCUAAUUUCCUUCAGAAAGCAGGCCAAGUAUUGUUCGGAGCUGGUUCCGACUUCCUCCCUGAUGGUAAAUGAGUCUGAAGAAGCUUCGUCAGAAUUCGGGCUGUUUUCUUAAUUUCAGAAGUGACUAAGCUUUGUAAGAAUUUUUUGCAUUUUCUGAUUAGAUUUCUCUUUAAAAACACACCUCUUCUUUUACGCCGUAAUACUCAAGAAGUCUAUAAAAACUUGAGUCAAUGGUCUCUUCUUCAUGCUGGUUGCCACAUGGAGAACAGAUGAAGAAGAAGCAGCAGCAGCAGCAAGCGAACUAGCUAACAUGAUUCGACACUAAGUAAGCGGAAGUAAGGACAUGCCUCUGUCUUAUCCCAGGAUGCACUGAGCUGACGUCAACAUUAGAUCCUCUAAGUGCGUGUGCAUGAGUGUGAGCUGUGUGCAUGUGUUUGUUAGCUUCCCGGCUGUCUGCCAACUUCCAGCCAGGCAGCCACACCAGGAGACAGGAAGUCAGGAGCGAGGUGAUGAUGAUGUCGCCAUCCUGGGAUGGAGAAUGAGGCCGUCGAUCCCGUGUGGCACAUGGUCGGCACUCGUCCAGUUAUUCUCCGUCCUGAAGGAGCGGCAGUGA